AUGUCUUUCAACGCCAAUGGCUCGUUCUCGCGGCGGAGUAAUCCCUUUACGCGACCAGGCCAGUCACCACAAGCUGCCGCUACCAACACAAAUCGACCGAAAUCCGCCCUCUUUACACCCUCUUCUCCUUCGCCCAGUUCGCCAACACCCCUAGCGCACACACGAACACAGUCAAAUACAACUACAGCCGUUUCUGUGUCAGUAGGGCUCCAGAGGCGGCAUUCCCGCCAAGGUUCCAAGAAUGGCUCCACAUCGUCAGGGACGUUUGCGCCCUCCUUCAUCAAGACAGAAGACAUGAGGAGAAGCCAUGAUGCUGUGAAGGGGAUUGAAGGAGAGAAUGACUUUUCAGGAAAGCGCUAUGUGUGGCUUAAGGAUCCCCAGCAAGCUUUUGUGAAAGGAUGGGUUGUCGAAGAUCUCCCAGAUAAUCGGAUCCGGGUGCAAUGCGACGAUGGAACGCAACGAGAUGUCGAUGCUGAAACCGUCGAUAAAGUAAACCCGGCCAAGUUCGACAAAGCAAACGAUAUGGCCGAGUUGACUCAUCUGAACGAGGCCUCCGUGGUACACAAUCUACACAUGAGGUACCAAGCAGACCUGAUCUAUACUUACUCUGGUCUGUUUCUCGUGACGGUGAACCCCUAUUGUCCUCUGCCCAUAUAUACCAACGACUACAUCAACAUGUACAGAGGUCGAAGUCGUGAGGAUACAAAGCCCCAUAUCUUCGCCAUGGCCGACGAGGCCUUUAGGAAGCUGGUUGAUGAAGGGCAAAAUCAAAGUAUUCUGGUCACGGGAGAAUCAGGAGCAGGAAAGACCGAGAACACGAAAAAGGUUAUCCAAUACCUUGCGGCAGUCGCGCACACUGAUUCAUUAUCAAGAAGCAGGCCGCAGCAGUCAAACCUGUCGCAACAAAUUCUUCGCGCCAAUCCUAUAUUAGAAGCUUUCGGAAACGCUCAAACGGUACGGAACAACAACUCUUCGCGAUUCGGAAAAUUCAUCCGCAUUGAAUUCAGCCGAAACGGUACGAUUACAGGAGCAUUUAUCGAUUGGUAUCUACUGGAGAAAUCCCGAGUCGUGAGGAUAAAUCCCCACGAAAGAAACUACCACGUCUUCUAUCAGCUGCUCAAGGGAGCAGGCUCGCAGAUGAGGAGAGAGUUCUUGUUAGAUGGACUCGGCGUUGAGGAUUUCAACUACACUCGCGACGGCCACGACACGAUCGUUGGUGUGUCGGAUAGGGACGAGUGGAAUACUCUCAUGGAAGCAUUCGGCGUCAUGGGUUUUGAGGAAAAGGACCAAUUAUCCAUCCUCCGUACAGUGGCUGCUGUCUUGCAUUUGGGUAAUAUCGGCGUUGUCAAAGAGAGUCGCGCUGCCGAUCAGGCUCGCCUGGAAGCCGGCUCAGAGAGGCAAGCAGCCAAGGUUUGUCAGUUGCUUGGUGUUCCGCUUGAGCCGUUCCUGAAAGGAUUACUGCAUCCUCGGGUCAAGGCCGGCAGAGAAUGGGUCGAGAAGGUCCAGACUCCAGAGCAAGUCCGUCUUAGUCUUGACGCUCUCUCGAAGGGCAUUUACGAGCGAGGUUUCGGAAAUCUUGUGAGCCGUAUCAAUCAGCAACUGGACCAAAACUCAAUGGGCAUGGAUGAUACUCACUUCAUUGGUGUGCUUGAUAUUGCUGGAUUCGAAAUUUUCGAGCAGAACAGCUUCGAGCAGCUUUGCAUCAACUACACCAACGAGAAACUGCAGCAAUUCUUCAAUCAUCACAUGUUUGUUUUGGAGCAAGAAGAAUAUGCUCGAGAGCAAAUUGAGUGGCAGUUCAUCGACUUCGGCCGUGAUCUUCAACCCACGAUUGACCUCAUCGAGCUGCCAAAUCCGAUCGGUAUCUUCUCUUGCCUCGACGAGGAUUCCGUCAUGCCAAAAGCAACAGACAAGUCUUUCACGGAAAAACUCAAUUCUUUAUGGGACAAGAAGUCGACAAAGUACCACUCUUCGAGGCUCACCCAGGGAUUCGUCCUCACUCAUUACGCAGCCGAUGUGGAGUACUCGACCGAAGGCUGGCUUGAGAAAAACAAGGACCCAUUGAACGAUAAUAUCACCCGGCUCCUUGCUACUUCUUCAGACAAACACGUCGCCAGCUUGUUUUCUGACUGCCUCGAUACUGAUGACGACGUUGUUGGCACAAGAAAUAGAGUAAAGAAAGGGUUAUUCCGCACAGUCGCCCAGAGACACAAGGAACAGCUUCACAACUUGAUGUCUCAACUUCAUUCGACACACCCACACUUCGUGCGAUGUAUUCUGCCAAAUCACAAAAAACGACCCAAGCAGUUCAAUAACUUGCUGGUCUUGGACCAGCUACGAUGCAAUGGUGUUUUGGAAGGCAUCCGUAUCGCCAGAACUGGCUUCCCCAACAGACUUCCCUUCUCCGAGUUCCGACAACGUUAUGAAGUCCUAUGCCCUGAUAUGCCAAGCGGUUACCUAGAAGGCCAGGUUGCGGCAUCAAUGAUGCUGGAAAGGCUGGACCUCGACAGGUCUCUGUACCGAGUCGGCCUGAGCAAGGUCUUCUUCAGGGCUGGUGUGCUGGCAGAGCUGGAAGAGCAACGUGAUGCCCUCAUCACGCAAAUCAUGGCUCGUUUCCAAUCGGUUGCGAGAGGCUUUGUAACCAGACGCUCAGUAAAUAAGCGUCUUUUCCGAACGGAGGCCACGAGAAUCAUUCAACGAAACAUACACGUCUAUCACAAUCUUGUGGAUAAUCCAUGGUGGCAGCUUGUCAUGAAGAUGAAGCCGCUUCUUGGUACAACUCGCUCUGCGACCGAGGUCAAAAGACGUGACGCUAUGAUUAAAGAGUUGAAUGAGAAGAUGCUUGUUGAAGCUGAGCAGCGACAUAAACUCGAGGAAGAGCGACGAAAUUGCUUUACGGAAAUGGCACGUAUCCAACAAACAUUAGAAAGUGAGCGUGCUCUUGCCUUGGACAAAGAGGAGAUCUUCAAGCGUCUCCAGGAUCGGGAGGCAGAGCUUGAGGAAAAGCUUGCCGGUGCUAUUGAUGAUCAAGAGCGACUUGAAGAUCAACUUGAUGAGCUAAUGGAAGCCAAGAACCGAGCAGAAAGAGAGGUGGAAAAGUACCGCACCCAACUAGAGCAAGCAGCGUCCCUUAUUACAAAACUUGAGGAAGAGAAGGGGAGUCUUACUCGCAAGAUUUCUGGUCUCGAGGCGUCCAUUGAGGAAAUUUCUGAGAAACAGUCUCAAAGGAGUGAGCAAGAAGCAGCUCUUGAAGGCGAAAUUAGGAUGCUUAAAAGUCAAUUGUCCUUGAAAGAGCGAAAAGCCCAUGACCUAGAGAGCAAGCUGCUCAAAAUUGACCAAGACGCCGAGGUCAAGCUUCACGCAGCUCAGAAAGAACUCGAUAUGGCCAAAUCACGGGAAACACGCCUCACCCGUGAGAACAAGGCGAUUCAAGAACAGCUCGCUCAACUUUCCAAGACUUCAACCGACUACGAAGAUCUCGUCAGGGAGAAAGAAAGCGAACUUGCUCUCCUUCGCAGUGAAAACAAGAGAUUCGAAUCAGAGCGGCGAGGUUUGGAAGAAUCCAAGAAGAGCUUGGCUGUGGAAAAGGAGAAGGCUACAUCAAGACUUCACCAGGUGCAAGCAGAGUUGGAAGUUAUGGUCUCGAAACAGGCUCAGUUAGAACGAGAGGUCGAGGAUGCCAACAGCCUUCUGCAAGCACGACUUUCUGAGGAUGAACAAGCCGACAAGAAUCGUCAACUUCUGGAAUCUCAGAUCAAGGAUCUCAAAGAUGAACUUUACAAGACUCAAGCUGAGCUCAGCAGGGAGCAGCAGUCUCGUGACGAUGUACAACUCCUUGGGGAGCACAGGUACAAUACUCUGAAAGAGGAAUACGACCAUCUGAAUGAUUCCAAAAUCAUCAUUGAGAAAGAGCUUUACGCGCAGCAAGAUACCCUUAGGAGGACCAAAGAGGCCAGAACGACAGCAGAGAAGGAACGAGAUGAGGCGCGCGCGGAGAUUCGCCGACUCCGUCAAGCCAAGACUGAGGCUGAAGAAGCCAGGAUCCGUGCCGAGGAGGCUGGCGAACGGAAAGCCUCCAGGGCUGCCUUGGAGCGCGAGGAAAGUCUCCGCCGGGAUCUCGAGGCCGCGAACCAACGCCUGGAGUGGUUUGAAGAGGAAUGUGCAAACCUGAAUCAUCAGGUUGAAGAUCUCAACAAGCUAAUAUUGUCAUCCGGCGAAUUUGGUCUCAAAAACGACCAGGCCAAAGAGCGCAUGGAACGAGAGCUCAGUGCUGUAAAAAGUCGACUGGCAGCAUCUGAAAACGACAACAAGGCUCUUCUUAACAAAUUACAGCAGAAGGGUCUCGAGAUUGCACGAUCUAGUUCGCGCGCCAGCGAGGCGUCUCGUGGUCAGAUCUUGUCACUGCAGCGGGAGAAGACCAGACUCGAGGAGCAAAGUAACAAGCUAAACAAGCAACUUGGGGAUGCCCAACUUUCCAUCGCCUCUCUUGAAAAGAGAAAUGAGAAGCUGCAACUAAACGUAGAAGAUCUCAACCACGAGAUCGCCCGCGAAGUCAAGACGAGCAGGAAUGCAGAAAAGAACAACUCCAACAUCACUGCACAACUCGCAGAGGCCAAUCGAUCGACUGAAUCGGAGCGCGUCCUCCGGACUCAAGCGCAGUCAACUGUCCGGACUCUCCAGGCUUCCCUUGAAUCAAGGGACAAGGAGCUUGCAGAGUUGCGAACCCAAAUGCUAGAUGCCUUGAGAACCGCGGACCCUGAAGUCAACAUUCCAACCCAAAGAGAGAUGAAGAAUGACAAGGAUCUAUUGGAUAAAUUUGAUCUCGUACGCAAGGUCGAAGAGCUGCAACAACGACUCCGAGUAGAAAACGCAGCAAGAAUCAACGCCGAGACCCAGCUCUCAGACAGGAGAGCUUCACGUCAAGAUACCCCCAGCCGACCCAAACUGGAAGAGAUACACUUUAACGAAGCUCCUUUCAACGGAUCGCCGACUCAGCGAAGGUCUACCAGGCCUUUGCCCAAGCCUUAUUCCAAUACGUCCACACCCACUCGACGACUCCCAGACCCAGAUGCCCAAGACUCGAUCCGCUCCGAUAAGACGGCAGAUGUUCUCAGUUUCAACAAUCGACAGGAUUUGAAGGCCGAGGUGGAGGAGCUCCAAAACCAGUUGCAGCUGUCCCGUAUGCAAAACCGCCACCUUCAGAGCCAGCUUGAUCGUGCCACGCCCGUUUCUGAGAGGUUCGAUGAGGACGGCCCUUCCUCUGCGAGAAGAAUUCAGAAGCUCGAGAAAGCAAACAACCGCCUUCAUGACAUGCUUGAUGAUUCGGCCAAGAAGCUUUCAGUCUUGGAAAAGAACAUUCAAAGCGGUGAACUUUCUGUGAGGGACAUUCAAACACGAUCUCAUGAGGAAUUGUUGGACGUCUUCAACAGUCAAGAGGACUCUCGCCGCUCGCUUUUGCAAAGUCAUAAGGAGACUUUAGCAGAGCUGACCGAGACGAAGUCCAACUUUGACAAGUUGCGCCAUGACCGUACCAGCCUCCAGGUCGAGCUCCGAGACACAAAGUCAGAGCUAGCGGAGAUGAGCAUGGCUCGUGAGCAAGAGGCCCAAAACCGCAGCCAGCUGCUCCAGGAGUACUCGGAUAUUCAAAUAAGACUUGAUGCCGAAACCUCCAGGCUUGCAGAUGUGACAGCGGAUCUCGAGAUGUACAAGCGCCGCGCAGACGAAUACUUUAGCAAGCUUGAGCAAGCGGAAAUUUCUGUGCUCAAGGCUAGCCGCGCUGAACAAUUCGCCAAGUCGCAAUCAAAGGAGGCUGAAGAGACAUAUGCCGAAGUCAUGUCAGAACGCCAGAAGAUGGACUCCAUGAUUGAAGACCUACAACGGCAGAACCAACGCCUGGAAGAGAGACUCGAAGACAUGUCUACGGACCUGGACGGUGUUGUCCAAGCCAAGAAGCGACUACAACACGAGCUAGAGGAUUACCGAAACCAGCGGGCCAUGGAUAUUGAGGACAAAGAAUCCAGCAUGGAGCAAACUCGUAAGAAGUAUCAGGCUGAAUUUACCACCCUCACCAAAGAGCUGGAUCUCGCUCGCGAGGAGAAGCUUUACAAGCAAGCAGAAAUCACUCGUCUGCGGGAAGAGUUGGAUGAUCUCCGGUCCAAAUGGGACGACGAGGUUCUCAAUAGCUCGACGUGGUCCAAAGAGAAAUCUCGCUUGGAGUCGACGCUCGCAGAUGUUGUCUCCUCUCGGGACGAAGCUAUCAACGCACACAACGAGGCACAGGGCAAGGUUGUCUCGCUCCUGUCGCAAGUUCGUACUCUACGCUCCUCCGUUGAUGAGAUCGCAGCAGAGCGUGAUUCUUUGUUGAGAGAGAAGCGCAGCGUCGAGGCUCGCCUCGAGGAGGCCAAGGCUGGAUUAGACGACCUCGCCAACGGUGCCAGCCCAGCUCUGAGAGAUGCUGCAAACACCGACAGGGAGAUCCUCGAACUCAAAUCCAACCUCGCUCAGCAUGAAGAUAUUGCCGCUGCUGCAGUCGAGAAGAUGCGUCGAGCCGAGUCUCUCGUGGCCGAGAUCCAAAAGGAAAUCGCCGCUGAGCGUGAGUCUUCGGCUUCUUUGCAAAGCCAGAAGGCAGCGCUAGAGAAGAGCCUCAAUGAAGCUCAGCUGAAGCUUGUCGACCUGGAGACCAAGGGCUACUCGAGCGCUAGUCAAGAUAUCAAAUUCCUCUACAAACGUAUUCAAGAACUUGAAACUCAAUUGGAGGAGCAUGAGAGCGAGAGAAACAAGUCGCAACGGUCAGUGCGCAACGUUGACCGUACCGUCAAGGAUCUUCAGACACAGAUCGAGCGGAAAGACAAGCAAAAUACCCAGCUGUCAGAAGACGUAUCUCGAAUGCGUGACAAGGUGGAGAAGCUGCUGAAGACAAUUGAUGAGCUCCAGUCCUCGGAGUCAACCAACCAGCUCUCCGCUCGCCGUGCGGAGCGCGAACUUUCACAGGAGAAGGAGAAGACUUUGCGGCUUGAGAGAGAGCUUGAGGGGUGGAAGGGUCUCCGGGUCGAGAGGACAUCGACCGGGGCUGUUGGGAGUGUACGAAACCGCAUGGGUGCCUGGCGAAUGAGUGAAGGUAACGAUGCAUCUCAGGUCGACAUCCCAGCGAGGAAGAGCAGCGUUAGCAGAGCGCCAAGUCAGAAGGGAUUUCUGUAG